CCCAACACUCCCCGACUGUCCUCAAAAAGGAAACCCUCUCCCGUUCAUUUUUACCUCAUCCACCUUCCAGAGAAGUUCCCUUCCUCACUUCUGGAUCUCCUCACCAGCAAUCCUUUGCCGAACCAAGCACUCCUUUGGUCUUCAAACUUCGUUACAAUUUCCGACCCCAUGGCACAGAAACAGAAGAAUAAUCAGGUGUUAUUGAGCACACCUCUGCACGGAUUGUACAUUCCGGUGGGACUGAUCCUCGCGGGUACAGCUAUUAUCGACUAUAACUAUAUUCCCCAUGCUGCGGGAUUGGCUUUGCUUCUUGGUGGGCUAAAGGUCUGGCGAGGCAAUGCAAGAACAAUCCUCAAGCCCGAUCAAUUCCAGGACUUUGAGCUCGUCGAGAGGACCGCGAUCUCGCACAAUGUCGGAAUUUAUCGUUUCGCCCUCCCUCGAGCAAACGACAUCCUCGGUCUCCCAAUCGGUCAGCAUGUCUCCAUCACCGCUACCAUUGACGGCAAAGAAAUCAUCCGUUCCUAUACCCCAAUCUCUUCCGACCUUGACCGGGGCCACUUCUCCCUCCUCAUCAAGUCUUACCCAACCGGUAACAUCUCGAAGUACAUCGCGAGCCUCAAGAUCGGACAGACCAUCCGCGCGAGGGGACCAAAGGGGCACUUUGUCUACGCUCCCAACAUGGUGCGUGCGUUCGGUAUGAUUGCUGGUGGCACUGGUAUCACACCAAUGCUGCAGAUUAUCAAGGCCAUUUUAAGAAACCCCGAGGACAAAACUCAAGUCGACCUUAUAUUUGCCAACGUCAAUGUCGAGGAUAUUCUCUUGCAGGAGGACCUGGACGAGCUGGCGGCGAUUCACGACAAUUUCAGGGUUCACUACGUUCUCAACAACCCACCGGAGAACUGGGCCGGCGGUGUAGGAUUUGUUACAGCUGACAUGAUUAAGGACAAAUGCCCCCCGGCUGCCGCGGACGUCAAAAUGCUCAUUUGUGGCCCCCCGCCCAUGGUCAGCGCCAUGAAAAAGGCUACUAGUGCUCUUGGAUACGAACCUGCCAAGCCAGUAUCAAAAUUAGAUCACCAGGUGUUCUGUUUUUAAAAAUGAAGACAUGCUUUAUGACCAGCUUGGCAGACGGAGUUGAACCUUUUUUUGAAGAGCUUCUGAACAGGAAAAUACAGAGUAUACUGAUAGAUUUAUUAGCGAUUUAGUUUGGCAGUUUAUUGGAUUGCUGGGCAGUUUGUCAAUUUUGCUGACUGGCCGAUGAUUACCGCCCCUGCGCAAAGUUAGGGCGGGGGAGAUGGAAGGCAUAGAUAGUCUAACUUGUUGCUUUUAACGUUUUAAUUACUACCGGUAGGGCCCAAUGGGUCCCAAUGAGAUGGGAGCUUUUUUUUUUUUCUUUUCUGAGCCGAUUUGUGUAUCACAUAUAUACGGUACCCGCAAGGGCAAGAUUCACA